GUCAGGCGAAACGAGGAGACGAAUAAUGUUUAUAUCUCACCAAGAGAUUGCUGCAGAGCCUUACUUGACUUGAUAUAAGAAUCGUUCCAGACAUCAAUGAACUGUCGAAAAUACCAGGUAAUAAAAGCUGUGGGUCUCAGCCCGGGGGAUUGGUACACUAGCUGAUGAUUCAGCUUUGCUUAUUCCCUCCUAAGAUGGAUGGAUGGAAUGCAUGUAUCACUUAGCGAUGACGACAUGUCUAGUCGGCGUCUCACGGUGUGCGGAGCAAAGACGAUACCGGAUCGGGCUUCAUGGUGGAUUUGUCAGCUAUUAAUAUUCUCUCCAACUGAAUCCGUCCCGAAGUCCGAAAUCAAAGAUAAAUCUCGAGCAACAUCCCCUAAUACUGUAGGUCAUCCCUAAUUAAGUACCUAGUUCGGACAACAUUAGAAUCAAUUUCUGAGCCAAAACAACAAGGGCACAAUGACAAAUAUCAACAUCAAAAUUGUAUCCGACACCGUCUGCCCAUGGUGCUACAUAGGCAAGAAGCGAGUAGACAAAGCGAUCGACCUCUACCGCAAGGUCUAUCCGGGCGCCAAAGAUGACACAUUCACCAUCACCUGGUCGCCGUUCUACCUAGACCCCACCUCACCCAAAGUCGGCGUCCCUAUCACAGAGCGCAUGGUGCAGCGCUUCGGACCAGAACGGCUCGCCGCCCUCCAACGCCGACUAACGACGAUAGGCCGCGAGGAGAGCAUCGACUUCAGUUUCAGGGGCAAGGUCGGCAACACGCGCGACUCGCACCGUCUAAUCCAACUCGGUAAGACGAAGGGCAACGAAGUCGAGAACAAGGUCGUGCUGGAGCUGUUCAAGAGCUAUUUCGAGAGCGACGGAGAUAUCACUUCGCAUGACACCUUAAUCGCCGCAGCUGAGAAGGCGGGCUUGAACAAGGCCGAGGUGAAAGACUGGCUUGACACGGGCAAGGGCGGCAAGGAGGUCGACGAGGAGGUCCAGGAAGCCGUCGCGAAGGAUAUACACGGGGUACCGCACUUCACGGUACAGGGCAAGUACGAAGUCGACGGUGCGCAGGACGCGCAGGCUUUCUUAGAAGCGUUCGCAAGUGUCAAGGAGGGGAAAUAAGAUGUCACCAGCUUUAGGUCUGGGUUCGGUCGAUGGCGUUAAACCGUGUUGGUUUGGGGUAUCAUAGUCUUAAAACAAUACAUGCAGCAUUACAUGUGCAGCAAUCCGUCAAUAUCUCUGUCAAUCGUUUGCAGCCGCUCCUGCAACUCCUUCUUUUUCUUCUCGAGUU